AUGGGAGGGGCUAGGAGGUGGCACCAACCAGACCCCGGCGCCGCGAGGCCCCCAGCACCCAUGGACAGUGGGCCAGGCGGGCCCCAGGGAAACCCAACGGGCCCCCACCUAACCCCGCCCCACUGGCAACUGCAGUGGCAGGCCCCCACAGUGGUCCCGACCUGGGCCACACCGCCCGUAGCAAAUCGGCCCCCAGCAGAAGGGCAAGGCGCACCACCAGGAUGCACGGACGACGGGCACCCCCCAGCCCCCCCGAACCCCGACGCGCAGGAGCACAGACCAACCCACAACCCGCCAGUACCCCCCCAGACCGCCACAGACCCAAAGCCGGACCCCCAGCCCAUCCGACCCGCCCCCCACCGGCGGCCGCACACCAACGGGCAGGCCCACACUGCGCAGCACCAGAACACCCCCCGCGGGCAGCACCCAGCCCCCACGCCAGGCCCCCCAACCCAGGGGAGGACCCCGGGCCCACCCGAGGCCGGGAGGAAGGAGCAGGGAGGGACGGGGAGAGGGGGGAGGGAGGAGGGAGGGGGAAGGGCAGGAGCGGAGCGAAGGGGGGGGGGAGGAGGAGCCCACCCACCCCACACCACCAGGGGCGGAAACAGCCCCCCAGGGGGGACCGGCCACGCCGCCCCAGGCCCAGGGAGCACGAGGAGACCCCGCCCCCCCCAGGCACACAGGGCGAGCAGUCCAGACGCAUCCGCUCCCAGGGGAAAACCGCCCGGCCCCGCAAUCCCCCACAGAGCUAGGGAGCAGGCCCGGAUUCAAAGGGAAGAAGGUGCACCUAACACAUGCUUAAGACCUUGA